CAUUUCACUCAAUGAUUAAAAGAACUUGGACACCUGACUGCUUGCUGGUCAUCCUGUUCUGAAAGCAUUUGAGAGAAAAGGGGGAGAUGAAAGUUUGUUUCUGCACUGAACAUGUUGCUGAGUAAAUAAAGAUGAAGAACAGGAGGGAAGCGGCUUUAUAAGUAUAUUUACUGAGAGGUACUGAGAGAUGAAGGUGAAGGUGAAGCAGUGGCACGCUGUAGCCUCCUGGCUCUGGGUGGCUAAUGAUGAAAACUGUGGAAUCUGCAGAGCUCCCUUCAACGGCUGCUGUCCAGACUGUAAAGUCCCGGGAGAUGACUGUCCGCUGGUCUGGGGUCAGUGCUCACAUUGUUUUCACAUGCACUGUAUCCUAAAGUGGCUGAACUCUCAGCAGGUACAGCAACAGUGUCCAAUGUGUCGACAGGAGUGGAAGUUUAAAGAGGGAGAGACUGCAUGAGCUGAUGAAGUAAACAUGAGCAUAUCCAGUCACUGUAUUUAUAUGCUUCAUUUUUAUACAAGCGAUAAACAAUUUUGUAAAUCAAUGUAAUAAAUGUAUAAAGGUUCUAAAGCAG